AGUAGGAGUGAUACCUCCAGACCGCAGCUCUCAGUAUUGGGUUCGACGGCCGGAAGCGGGUGAGUGUGGCGACUGUGACCCGCUGUAGAAGCCUGAUCGCCCUUCGUGCCUCCGCUUCGAGGAACCAUGGCGGCGGGUGUGGCCGCGUGGCUGCCCUUUGCUAGGGCAGCAGCCAUUGGCUGGAUGCCCGUGGCCUCGGGGCCCAUGCCGGCUCCCCCAAGGCAGGAGAGAAAAAGGACCCAAGAUGCCCUGAUUGUGCUCAAUGUGAGUGGCACUCGUUUCCAGACGUGGCAGGACACCCUGGAACGCUACCCGGACACUCUGCUGGGCAGUUCGGAGAGGGACUUUUUCUACCACCCGGAAACUCAGCAGUACUUUUUUGACCGUGACCCAGACAUCUUCCGCCAUAUCUUGAAUUUCUACCGCACCGGGAAGCUGCACUACCCUCGCCAUGAGUGCAUCUCUGCGUAUGAUGAGGAACUGGCCUUCUUUGGCCUCAUCCCGGAGAUUAUCGGGGACUGCUGUUACGAGGAGUACAAGGAUCGCAGGCGGGAGAACGCGGAGCGUCUGCAGGACGACGCCGAUACCGACAACACGGGAGAGAGCGCGCUGCCCACCAUGACCGCCCGGCAGAGGGUGUGGCGGGCGUUUGAGAACCCCCACACCAGCACGAUGGCCCUGGUGUUCUACUACGUGACAGGCUUCUUCAUUGCCGUCUCAGUCAUCGCUAACGUGGUAGAGACAGUGCCCUGCGGCUCUAGUCCCGGGCACAUCAAAGAACUGCCUUGUGGGGAGCGGUAUGCGGUGGCCUUCUUUUGCUUGGAUACAGCCUGCGUCAUGAUCUUCACAGUUGAGUACUUGCUUCGCCUGGCCGCGGCACCCAGUCGUUACCGUUUUGUGCGUAGUGUCAUGAGCAUCAUCGACGUGGUGGCCAUCCUGCCUUACUACAUUGGGCUGGUGAUGACAGACAAUGAGGAUGUCAGCGGAGCCUUUGUCACGCUCCGGGUCUUCCGGGUCUUCCGGAUCUUUAAGUUUUCCCGCCACUCUCAAGGCCUGCGCAUCCUGGGGUACACUCUGAAGAGCUGUGCCUCAGAAUUGGGCUUCUUGCUCUUCUCGCUCACCAUGGCUAUCAUCAUUUUUGCUACAGUCAUGUUCUACGCAGAGAAGGGGUCUUCGGCCAGCAAGUUCACCAGCAUCCCUGCUGCCUUCUGGUAUACCAUCGUCACCAUGACAACACUAGGGUAUGGUGACAUGGUACCAAAAACCAUAGCAGGGAAGAUAUUUGGUUCCAUCUGUUCACUGAGUGGGGUCUUGGUCAUUGCUCUACCUGUUCCAGUGAUCGUAUCUAACUUCAGUCGGAUCUACCACCAAAAUCAACGAGCAGACAAACGGAGAGCACAGAAGAAAGCCAGACUCGCCAGGAUCCGGGCAGCCAAAAGCGGAAGUGCCAAUGCUUACAUGCAGAGCAAACGGAAUGGCUUACUCAGUAAUCAACUACAGGUACAGUCAAAGGAUGAGCAGACCUUCAUGAGCAAAUCCGGCUCCAGCUUUGAAACCCAGCACCACCACCUGCUUCACUGUCUGGAAAAAACCACGAAUCACGAGUUUGUGGAUGAGCAAGUCUUUGAAGAAAGCUGCAUGGAAGUUGCAACUGGAAACCGUCCUUCAAGUCACAGCCCUUCUCUCUCGUCACAACAAGGAGUCACCAGCACUUGCUGUUCACGACGACACAAAAAAACCUUCCGCAUCCCUAAUGCCAAUGUAUCAGGAAGCCACCGAGGCAGUGUGCAGGAACUCAGUACGAUCCAGAUCAGAUGUGUGGAGAGAACCCCGCUGUCUAACAGCCGAUCCAGUUUAAAUGCCAAAAUGGAAGAGUGUGUUAAACUAAACUGUGAACAACCUUAUGUGACUACAGCAAUAAUAAGCAUCCCAACACCUCCAGUAACCACCCCCGAAGGAGAUGACAGGCCAGAAUCUCCUGAGUACUCAGGAGGAAAUAUUGUCAGAGUAUCUGCUUUGUAAGACAAUUGGAACCAGGUCUAAGAGAAUUUGAGCUCUGGCUGUGGAAAGAAUUCCAAUGUGGAAGAAAGAAGAAACAAUAAACCUUUUGCAGAUGAAAACAGCAAGGCAAGAAGGUUGGCAGUGAAAUAAAAACAAAGCUUCCAAACUUGAGGAUGGAAAUAAAACCACCAAAUGGCAUUUCUAGACAGAGUCUGACCUGUUCUACAGAGAAGUAGUCUGUGACCCUUUGACUUUGUGAUUGAGCACAAUGAAAUGCCGCCUAGCGAUGCUUCUUAUGAUCUGAACUCUUUUUUAAUAAAAUAAAUAAAAUAAAU